AGUACUGUUCACGCGUACUGUUCACGCGUCUCGAGUUUUGACCCUUUCUUGGGUUUGAAGUGCUAUUCGCUAUGGCUGAAAGUUUAUCAAAAAGUAUUGUGACGUCCACUAAUAUUAUGCCAAUGGUGAUGCCUCAAAUCACAAAUUGGAAGUUGAAUGAUACCAAUUAUCAACAGUGGUCAAAAGCUGUUAAGAUUUAUCUGACAGGCUUAGGAAAGCAACGUUAUCUCACAGAUGACUCUCCUACGGAGGAUAGCAAGAAACUAAUGUGGAUUCAAGAGGAUGCCCAAAUUCUUGGAGCAAUAUGGAAUUCUAUGGAGCCACGAAUUGCUUACAUGUGUUCUCAUUGUGAGACAACAAAAGAAGUUUGGGAUUAUGUCCGGUUAUUAUAUUGCAGUAAUCUCUCACGGAUGUUUGAUAUUUCUUUGGAGUAUUUUCAGUUGCAACAAGAUAACAAGACAGUAACUGAAUACUUUGCUGAUCUUAAGCGAGUCUCAGAGGAAUUAAAUGUUGUAAUGCCUCUCUCAAGUGAUAUCAAGGUUAUGCAGAGGCAAAGAGAACAAAUGCUUGUGCUCAAAUUCCUGGCUGGUCUCAAGCCGGAAUUUGAACCAAUCAAAUCUCAAAUUUUAGCAGGUGAACAAUUACCAUCCUUUGCAGAGGCGUAUGCUCGGGUCUUACGUUCUGCAUCUAAGGACAAUGCACAGGGUGAUGGUGCUUUAAUUAAUGACAAAUCUGCUUUAAUUGCUAACAAUAAUCGGACAGAGCAACUUAAUUUUGGACGUGGCUCUCGUGGAGGAAGAAGUAGAGGAGGUCGUGGGGGUCGUGGAGGUCGAGGCACCCGUGAGUGCAAUCAUUGUGGUUUAAAGAAUCACACUCGUGAUACUUGUUGGGAUUUAAAUGGAAAACCACAUCGGUUUGUUAAUACGGUUACCACUGAUCAAACUGAAUCAAGUUCUUUAGCACAAGGAUCUCAGAAGACUGUUACCAUAUCUGAGGAAGAUUAUAUCAAAUUUCUGCAGUACCAAACUGCAAAUCACGCAUCUCUUCCCUCUACUUCUGUAGCACAAAAAGGUAAUGCUAUGGCUUGUCUCUCCACAUCAUCUAAUUUUGACUCAUGGAUCAUUGAUUCCGGAGCUACUGAUCAUAUGUCAGGAUUUGAAGACAAAGAGGACGAUUGGUGGAGGACAUGAGCAUAAUGGUCUUUACUUUCUCAACUCUAAUGGUCCGAUUGCGUGCCCUGCUACUGUUUCUCCUCUUGAAAUUCACUGUCGUUUGGGUCAUCCGUCUCUACAAAAUUUGAAGAAGUUGGUCCCUACCUUGAGUCAGUUGUCUUCAUUAGAAUGUGAGUCUUGUCAAUUAGGAAAGCAUCAUCGUGUUUCUUUUGUCCCUAGGGUCAAUAAACGGGUUUCGGAACCCUUUUUGUUAGUUCAUUCUGAUGUUUGGGGUCCUAGUCGAGUAACUUCAAAGUUAGG